CCUUUACAUGAGCAUCCGACAUAAAAAAUAAGCCGGGGAAAAAAAAAAGGCCAACAAGUGACAUUAAUUUAAAUUUAGGGAAAUUGAGAUCGUCUCACUACACUGCAAACCAAAAAAUAUACACAAUGGUCUCUACUUCUCCGGUUUCUCCUUCUAAGGAAACUGACCAGAAGUCCGACGAGAAAUGGACGGGGGGAGAUCCAACACGGCCAGCCAAGUGGUGGUACUCCACCUUCCACACUGUCACCGCUAUGAUCGGCGCCGGAGUCCUUAGCCUCCCUUAUGCCAUGGCUUACCUAGGAUGGGGACCAGGGACGUUGGUGUUGGCAAUGACAUGGGGACUGACCUUAAACACGAUGUGGCAAAUGGUGCAGCUCCAUGAGUGCGUACCAGGAACCCGUUUUGACCGGUAUAUCGAUCUAGGCCGAUACGCUUUUGGUCCCAAGCUCGGCCCGUGGAUCGUGCUUCCGCAGCAGCUCAUCGUCCAGGUCGGCUGCAACAUUGUGUACAUGGUUACAGGAGGCAAGUGCUUGAAGCAGUUCGUAGAUAUCACGUGUUCCACCUGCACUCCGGUACGACAGUCGUACUGGAUCCUCGGCUUCAGUGGAGUCCACUUCCUCCUCUCCCAGCUUCCUAACUUCAACUCUGUUGCCGGUGUUUCCUUGGCCGCCGCCGUCAUGUCCCUCUGCUACUCGACGAUAGCGUGGGGAGGAAGUAUGGCACAUGGAAGAAUGCCUGACGUGAGCUACGAUUACAAGGCCACGAAUCCGAGUGACUUCACGUUCCGAGUCUUUAACGCCUUGGGUCAGAUCUCCUUUGCUUUCGCCGGCCACGCUGUGGCUCUAGAGAUUCAAGCCACGAUGCCUUCUACUCCUGAGAGACCAUCAAAAGUACCCAUGUGGCAAGGCGUGGUCGGAGCUUACUUGGUCAACGCCAUUUGCUAUUUUCCGGUGGCUCUAAUCUGCUAUUGGGCCUUUGGUCAAGACGUUGACGACAAUGUGCUGAUGAAUUUACAGAGACCAGCCUGGCUCAUUGCUACUGCUAAUCUCAUGGUUGUUGUCCACGUUAUUGGUAGCUACCAAGUGUUUGCUAUGCCU